UAUAAAACGAGGUAUAAAGCAAAUUAGCAAAGCUUUCAUGCCACGUUUGACAAAGUGCUUAUUUCUACCUCGUAAUGCUUCAGAUUUUGCUAACAGUUUCUUGAUGCGUGGAACGUCAAAGAAAGAAAGACUUAAAAGAAAGGAAGUCCUUAACAGGAAUCGGUCCGAUCCUAAACUAGAACGAGCUUCAAGGAGAAUGAAAUUACGUGUUCCAUUACCUACAGUAAAAGAGGACUGGAAAGAAGAGCAUGGGCUGGUACACCUACAGAGGACGGGACACCAUUUUAAUAUUUUUAGUGACGUGUACAAGCAAAUGUUUCAUCCCCUUGGAUUCAUGGGUGUGGCUUACGAAACAAACCAGAUAAGACAUGGAAACAUUGUUCAUCCAGAAAAAACACUAAAUGAGCCAGUGGUUAGUCUUCCUUCAUCCUCCGUUGAAAGAAAUGGCUACUGGACACUAGUUAUGAGUAAUCCUGAUGGACACCUGACUGAUAGCAACUUUGAAUUGCUUCACUGGAUGAUUGGGAAUAUUCCAGCUGGAGAGGGCAUACAAUCAGGUGAUACUCUAACUCCAUACCUUCCUCCAAUACCACCACAAGGGACUGGAGUCCAUAGAAUUAUAUUCUCGCUCUUCCAACAUAAAGAAACUCUAUCUUUUGAGUCUUUAAAAAGGACAGGAUCCUGGUUGGAUGAGAGGAGUUUCAGCACCCAUCAGUUGUUAUCAUCUCAUCCUACUCUCUCUCCAUUCACUUUUUGUUUCUUUCAGACAAUCUGGGAUCAAUCUGUUCAAAAAACUUAUCACAAUACACUAGGUAUGGCAGAGCCUGUGUAUGGAGUAGAGAAGACAGACACUCCUCGUCAAUCGAAAAUGAAGUUAGUAAAGGAGACGCGGUCUCAGUAUUACAGGGAUCUAAUUGCUACCUGUCAAACCCAACCACCACAGGCACUACAACAACAACAACAAUAGUUAUUGUUAUUAUUAGUAUUAAUAAUAAUAAUAAAUUAAAUAAUAUAAGAAAUGAUUUAUCUUUAAUUGUA